CACACACAGACUACCACCACCAGCACCCAGACACACACAGAGACUACCACCAUCACCACCAGCAUGGGAGGUAGUGAUGGAGGUAGUGAUGGAGGUGGAGUUGGUCUCAAGAAAGAAAUUGGACUCCUCAGUGCAUGUGGGAUAAUCAUUGGGAACAUCAUCGGCUCGGGGAUCUUCGUUUCCCCCAAGGGCGUGAUGGAGAACGCCGGCUCUGUGGGCGUUGCCCUCCUGGUGUGGAUCAUCACCGGAGUCAUCACCGCCAUCGGCGCCCUCUGCUACGCCGAGUUGGGGGUCACCAUCCCCAAAUCCGGCGGCGACUACAGCUACGUCAAGGACAUCUUUGGGGGCCUCGCUGGCUUCCUGCGCUUGUGGAUCGCGCUGCUCGUGAUCUACCCCACCAACCAGGCGGUGAUAGCCCUCACGUUCGCCAACUACGUCCUGCAGCCUCUCUUCCCCUCGUGCCCCGGCCCGGACGUGGGCCUCAGCCUCCUCGCCGCCCUCUGCCUCCUGCUUCUCACGUGGGUGAACUGCUCCAGCGUGCGCUGGGCCACCAGGGUUCAGGACCUCUUCACGGCGGGGAAGCUGCUCGCCCUCGGCCUCAUCAUCGUCGUGGGAUUUGUGCAGAUCUGCAGAGGUGGGGACACGCAGUGGCGCCCGUGCCAGGCUAGGUGCACGCCCGGUGAAUCCUAUUGGCUGGAGCCCCAGAAUGCGUUCCAGGCCUGGCAGGAGCCGACCGUGGGGCUCAUCGCUUUGGCCUUCCUCCAGGGCUCAUUUGCAUACGGGGGCUGGAACUUUCUCAACUAUGUCACCGAGGAGCUUGUCAACCCCUACAGGAGGAGGUGGAGCAGGAGGUGGAGGAUGCUGCUGGAGCCCGAGUGGACGCGUGAGCUGCUGCUGCUGCUGCUGCUCAAGCUGGCGGUGGAUGUCUCCGUGCUGCUGAUGUGGAGGUGCCGCUUGGCAAGAGGCAAUGCCCCCGGCCUCCUGGAGACCUUCGCUGGCUGCCUCAGCGUCUCCCUCGUCGCCGUCGAAGCCGUCGCCACAGCCCUGGUGACGUCACACGCCCUGGGCCUGUGGCCGCCCUCCCAGCGUGCGGCCUGCUGGGGCCCGCCGGCCUGCUGGGGCCCGCCGGCCUGCUGGGGCCCGCCGGCCUGCGUGGCGGCGCUGAGCGGCGCCUGCGGCUCGCUUCUCUUCCUCUUCCCCACGUUCGUGGUGGCCGAGCAACUCCUCAUCUUGGCCUGCCGCUCACCCUCACCACCGCCCUCACCCUCACCGCCCUCACCCUCACUACCCUCACCCUCACCACCGCCCUCACCCUCACCGCCCUCACCCUCACCGCCACCCUCACCGCCGCCACCGCCCGCCACCCGCGGCCCUCCCCGGCGGCUGACCGUGGCCGUCUGCGCCGCCUGCUGGCUGCUGGCCGUCGUGGACGAGGCCGCCCGGCCCCCCGUGGCCGUGCGCCGCCUGCGCCAGCUCCCGCCCCUCCGCAGGCCGCACGCCGCCGCCGUGGCCGCCGCCGUCGCCUGCAGCUGCUGCUACCUGGCGCUGGCGCUGCGCUGGGCCGCUAGGGGCAGCGGCCGCGAGGUGGGCGAGGUGGGCGAGGCGGGCGAGGUGGGCGAGGUGGACGAGGGCGAGGUGGACGUGGGCGAGGUGGGCGAGGUGGACGAGGUGGACGAGCGGCAGCUGCCCCUGUGGGGUCUGUGGCCUGCGGGCACCCCCCAGCGGCAGCUGCCCCUGUGGGGUCUGUGGCCUGCGGGCACCCCCCAGCGGCAGCUGCCCCUGAGGGGUCUGUGGCCUGCGGGCACCCCCAGCGGCAGCUGCCCCUGUGGGGGGCUGAGAUUGCUGCUGGUGCUGCGGGGUUUGUAA